AGUUCCGGCGGGGCCCGGCCGGCAGCGGGGCGGGCGCCAUGUCCACAUCGCUGGGCUCCAACACCUACAACCGGCAGAACUGGGAGGACGCGGACUUCCCUAUCCUGUGCCAGACAUGUCUUGGAGAAAACCCCUACAUUCGGAUGACCAAAGAAAAAUAUGGAAAAGAAUGCAAGAUUUGUGCCAGGCCUUUCACCGUGUUCCGCUGGUGCCCCGGGGUGCGGAUGCGCUUCAAGAAGACCGAAGUGUGCCAGACAUGCAGCAAGCUGAAGAACGUCUGCCAGACCUGCCUGCUUGACCUGGAAUAUGGUUUGCCUAUCCAAGUCCGAGAUGCAGGACUCUCCCUUAAGGAUGAAAUGCCCAAAUCUGACGUCAACAAAGAGUACUAUACCCAGAACAUGGAGCGAGAGAUAGCCAAUUCUGAUGGCACUAGACCUGUUGGUGCACUAGGAAAAGCUACUUCUACCAGCGACAUGCUGCUGAAGCUGGCCCGAACCACUCCGUACUACAAACGCAACCGUCCUCACAUCUGCUCCUUCUGGGUGAAAGGAGAGUGCAAGAGAGGGGAGGAGUGUCCCUACAGACAUGAGAAACCUACAGAUCCAGACGAUCCUCUGGCUGACCAGAACAUCAAAGAUCGUUACUAUGGAAUUAAUGAUCCCGUGGCUGAUAAACUGCUGAAACGAGCAUCAACCAUGCCUCGCCUAGACCCCCCCGAAGACAAGACUAUUACUACACUGUAUGUUGGAGGGCUUGGAGAUACCAUUUCUGAAUCGGAUCUCAGAAAUCACUUCUACCAGUUUGGGGAGAUCCGGACGAUAACGGUGGUGCAGAGGCAGCAGUGUGCGUUCAUCCAGUUUGCCACCCGCCAGGCUGCAGAGGUGGCUGCUGAGAAAUCCUUCAACAAGCUCAUUGUCAACGGUCGCAGGCUCAAUGUCAAGUGGGGAAGGUCCCAGGCAGCAAGAGGAAAAGAAAAGGACAAGGAAGGUACUACAGAAUCCGGGAUAAAGCUGGAGCCAGUUCCGGGACUUCCUGGUGCUCUCCCCCCUCCUCCAGCUGCAGAAGAGGAGGCUUCUGCAAAUUACUUCAACCUACCUCCAAGUGGCCCCUCAGCUGUGGUGAACAUUGCCCUGCCACCUCCCCCUGGCAUCGCUCCACCGCCACCUCCAGGUUUUGGACCACACAUGUUCCAUGCUAUGGGGCCCCCACCUCCCUUCAUGAGAGCCCCAGGCCCCAUCCACUACCCAUCCCAGGACCCCCAGAGGAUGGGUGCCCACGCGGGAAAGCACAGCAGCCCCUAGCACGUCCUGCCACCCUCAUCCUUGAAGUAAAUGUUAUUUUCUAGUUACCAUGGUAGCACCAUAUGUUGAGCUGUGGGUGAGCUAGAGACGCCUUAUUCCCCUGCUUGCAGCCACAGGGCAAGCUGAGCUCCGUGUCUCCGCUAGCUAAUCGGAUUGUUGGUAUGUCCCAGGUCUUUCUUUAAGUGUUGGGGGGGGGUGGGGGACAGACAGGGGGGUUGUCUGUGGGUCUGGGGUACCAGAAUUACAGUGCUAUCUGUGUAUCCCAUUGGCACACUUUUAAAAUAAACUUCUGGAAAAACAAAACCAAA